GAAUUCGAAAGCAGAGGGAAGAGAUGUUGAACCUAUCACAGCAUUGGUAACAGACAGCCUAUUACAGUUUUUAAUAAAAACAGAAACAGCAUGCCUAUCAUAGGCUGAUAAAUCCUACCUUCUGCACGCUUUGAAAACAGAAUGAAGCUGCUUUAACGGAGCUCCCGUUAACUAAUUUCAAGCAUGGCUGUCUAGCGUGCCUGUCACUCCUAUUGUCCUUCCAAACUCUUUCAGACAUUUUGAGCAGGGAGUAUUAAAGCUAUGAGUUUGCAAGGGUUGUGACUUUAAUGGUUCAGAAAGGCUUUAGGCACGAGAGGUAACGAUGCUUACCGGCUGCUACUUGGAGGACUGCACUGGAUCUCUGUCAUUAAAAAUUAAGCGUGGCUUUUGAGGAAGAUGUGACAACUACCGGAGGUCUUUUCGCCAUUCCACCAGGACUUCUACUAUAAGGAAAGGAGCCCCUGGACCAACAUCCUCUAAGAUGUUUAUAUGGACCAGUGGUCGGACUUCUUCAUCUUACAGACAUGAUGAGAAAAGAAAUAUUUACCAAAAAAUCAAGGACCAUGACCUCCUGGACAAAAGGAAAACAGUCACAGCACUGAAAGCAGGAGAGGACCGGGCCAUUCUCCUGGGACUGGCCAUGAUGGUGGGCUCCAUCAUGAUGUACUUCCUGCUGGGAAUCACACUCCUCCGCUCAUACAUGCAGAGUGUGUGGACAGAAGAGUCUCAGUGCACCUUACUGAAUGCAUCCAUCACAGAAACAUUUAACUGCUCCUUUAGCUGUGGCCCAGACUGUUGGAAGCUCUCUCAGUACCCCUGCCUCCAGGUGUAUGUGAACCUAACUUCUUCUGGAGAAAAGUUUCUUCUCUACCACACUGAAGAGACGAUGAAAAUCAAUCAAAAGUGCUCCUAUAUACCUAAGUGUGGAAAAAACUUUGAAGAAUCCAUGUCCCUGGUCAACGUUGUCAUGGAAAACUUCAGGAAAUACCAACACUUCUCCUGCUAUUCGGACCCGGAAGGAAUCCAGAAGAGCGUCAUCCUAACCAAACUCUACAGUUCCAACGUGCUGUUCCAUUCACUCUUCUGGCCAACGUGUAUGAUGGCUGGGGGCGUGGCGAUCGUCGCCAUGGUGAAACUCACACAGUAUCUCUCCCUGCUCUGUGAGAGGAUCCAACGGAUCAAUAGAUAAAAGCAAAAGUGGAUGAGAUAAUUUUUAUUUAAAGCUCAAAUACUGUUUCUUUCAUUCUUCACCAAAGAACCUUAAGUUUGUAAUGUGCAGUCUAUUAUGAGUCCCUUAAUAUAUUCUUAUACGUAGAGCAAUAAUGCAGAAGCUGUUGUAUAUGCAAACAUGAUGUCUUUAUUAUUCAGGAAAAGAAAUAAUUGUUUUGUGUUGGUUGGUUGUUUUCAUCAUUUUGUUUCAAUGCUGGAAUUAGUACUUCCUUUUCCCAUUCAGCCAAAAUAGGGCUCAGCAAUUCAUCUGCCAAGCUUUGUGAAAGAAUGUAGACAAUACCAACGUGAUAAGAUCUGUGUUCUGAGUUGUCAGCUCUCUUAAGGACAUUUUUGCAAUAUUUUUCAUCAUUCAUUGUUUACUAAAGCUGCAGCCAAAAAGAUAGUUUUUCUUUCCUUAUUCUAAACUGAGCCCUAUAGCAAGUAAAGGGACCAGAUUUCCUAACUGAAGGGUGUUAAGCAUUUUCCUUGUAUUUUUACCAUAUCACUGUAAAGAAGGGGGAAAACCAAGCCAGCUACUUUUUUCUUUUAUCACUUUUUACUCAUAACUGUGGAUUUUUUAACUGGUUUCCAAAAAAUAAGCUGUUUUCAUUAGCCAAUUCUAUAAUCUCUUCCUUGUGGAAUAAACUGAAAAUAAACAGAGCUCUUUUCCAUUUAAGACCCUGCUACUGUGUGAGGAGAUGACAUUCAUAAGAGUUUCAUUACGUAUGAGCCGACUGUUGUGGAUGCUCCAGUACAAUCCAGAAAAGUCUAUGUUGCUAAGACAUUUGUAUGAAAACCCUUAUUCCAUUUCAACUGUUAGAUGAUGAAAUCAAGAUCCUACUUGCUGGUCAAGGUUUGUGGACUGUUUUUAAAUGAGUAAAUCUCUUGUGACAAAUUAACAUGUUAGAAUAUUGCUCUUCGGGAAUUUAUGUUUAAGCUAAUGAAUGUGUAGUCUCUCCUUUGACCCUAUCAGGAUUUUAAAGCUAUGUUCACAGAAUAUUUGUCUCUUCUACAUGUUUUAUUUUUCUAUUUACAAUUUGCCUUUUUGUUGUUAUAUUUUAUAUACAUAGUACAAUUCUUUUUCCUAACACACAUUUGAACUGAAUUAACAGACUUAAAGGAGACAUUUGUUCACAUUGCAAUUUACUUAUUAUUUAGUAGAGGGAAAUGAGAGUCUCCUGAAAACAAAACAUUCCAUCCUUUGUUUCAUAUCAACACCCAAAAGAAAAGACGAACAUUUAUCUUUCUCUUCUGUGUCUAAAUACCUUUUUGUAAUGUAGUAUCAACAUCUUUUUAGGUAUUGUAAAAUUUUACAAAUCUUACUUGUGGAAAUAAUGGUAAAACUAGUCUGAUGAAGUAGAAAUUAAUCUGCAAUAUUGUAAUUCAUAGUAUAACUUUUCAUACUCAAAUAAACCCCUAGGGUGUAAUCAGGACUUCAAAUGUGUAAUUAAAAUUAAAAUUAAAA